UACAUGGAAUCACUUCCAAAUGAAGAAAAUGAAUGAACUCAAUAAGGUAUAGAUGAAAUGAUAAGGUUUUUCUAAAAUUAAGAUUUCAAGUUUAAAUUUGGAAUAUUCAACUGUAUUCUUUAUUAUCAUAAAAAAUUAUCUGGUAGUUCUAGAUUAGUUUGACGGAUACCAUAUUAGAAAAAAACAAAAAAGGAUAGUAUAUAAAAGCUAAAAUAUUUGAAAGAGGUAACGAAACAGAAGGGAAGAGGCCGGGAGAGAAUAAAAAAAUGGAAUCAACUAAGAGUAGUAGCCAAUACCAGUUACCAUCACCAAUGAUCAUAGCUAUGAAGGGUCCCUCCAACAAUAAGAAACUUGAAAUAGCAAGUUCCUUGGCUCAGUUCUUACAUUAUCCUUUGAUUGAUGAAGAGGAUGUCACUCUAGAUCUCAAGAACUCUUUAACUGGUUUCCCUAAGGAGUUGCCUUUUAAAAUUGUUACCCAAAUCACUAAAACCCAACUCCAGGUGAAGCUUCAAGUGAUCAUUAACACUUCUCUCUCUCAGGAUACCCACAUCGACCAUUGGUUAGAGCUAGCAAGGUCCAAGGGGGCUCAUCUGCUCAUUGUUGAAUGCACAAAUGAAGGUAGUCAGGGCAGUGAACAUGGGGUUGGAUAUGCGCCGGUCCUGAGAAUCGACAUUUCCAAGCCAUUUACUGUGGAAGAAUUUGUUCCCACAAUAAUGAAUGCUGUGGAAUUUCAUGAGAAAGCUAAUCACGAAGGCAAAUCCCAGCCAGAAGUAUCAAAAGAAAUUACACAAGUUCAUGAAACCAUUCCUCAAAGAAUUUUCAUGGAAGCCCAUGCACACGAGUUUUCGUUUACUACAGAGCCGAAGAUGGAUUCUACUAAGCUUCGAUGUAAUUACUGUGAAGAUUUCAUUUCAGGACCAACCUAUCAAUGCAUUGAAUGUGAUGGAUUCAUCCUUCACAAAUCAUGUGCUGAAACGCAGAAAAUACAGGUCAUUCCUGAACUCUUUUACUUAACAUCAUGCCCAUCUGUGUACAGUUUUCCACGAGAGGACAAAUGCAGACUCUGUGAUCACUACUCCUCAAACUGUAAUCACUGUCUUCUCCAAACUCACAUCAAAUGCAGGUUUCUGCCAACCAUUUGCCAAUAUGAAAAACACACACACACCCGCUUAACUUUGUCAUCAUGCCAUUUUGGUAUAACUACGAGUAUAAAUGCUUUGCCUGUAGCGAAUUUGGAAAGUUUAUCAGCUAUAAAUGUUACAGUUGCAAAAUGGAUCUUCAUGUUACUUGUGCAGUACCAAUGUUGUUUAAGGUUGAUGUGAAGAAACUCAUCCUCACCAUGGGACCUUGGGGAGGUACAGGCAAUAAAUGGGACGAUGGAAUAUACUCCACAGUAAGGCGUUUGCUUAUGGAUUAUGGGGAGGCUAUUGUAUCACUCCGUAUCGAGUAUGAUAAUGAAGGACAUUCAAAAUGGGGUGCCAAGCAGGGUGCAAAGUCUACUUUCAAUAGAGAAGGCACGGGUUUAGUGGACCUUCAUUACCCAAAUGAGUAUCUCACUUCAGUCCAUGGAUACAUUGAUAAUCUUUAUGAAACAGAAUGCGUUCGUUCAUUGACUUUCCAAAGAAAAAAAGACGUACGGACCAUUUGGGGUUGAACAAGGAAGAUACUUUUCUUCCCCUAAGACUGAACGCUAUAAAAUUGUUGGGUUCCAUGGCAUGGAUGGCCUUUUCUAUCUUCAUGCACUUGGUAUAUAUUUAAAGCCAAUCUA